UCUGGGUCGGAGGCCCCCUGCGCAGCUCCGAUUAAAGACUGGCUGCCUGCGCGCGCGGCGCCCAAGGACGCCCCACUGCCAAGAUGGGGAUGACCGAGGAAGACAAGAAGCGCGUGAGGGCCAUCUGGGUCCGCGUGGGCAGCCACGCCGAAGCCGUGGGCGUCGAGGUGCUCACCAGGCUGCUGGCGGCGCACCCCACCACCAAGACCUACUUCCACCACCUCGACCUCUCGCCGGACUCGGCCGACCUGAGGGCGCUGGGCAAGAAGGUGGUGGACGCGCUCAGCUGCGCCGUCGAGAACCUGGACGACCUGCCCGGCGCCCUCGGCAAGCUCAGCGAGCUGCACGCCUUCGAGCUGCAGGUGUCGCCGACCAGCUUCGAGUGCCUUAACCACUGCAUCCUGGUGACCAUCGGCGCCCACAGCCGCGGUUCCCUCGACCCGGCGCUCCUCCUUUCCCUGGACAAAUUCCUGUGCAGCGUCGCCCACGUCCUGACCUCCUGCCACCGCUAGGCUGGGCAUGACGGGCUCGCCCGGGCGCCCUCCCCGUUUUCUCCCUCCUAAUAAAGCUAUGGGCUCUUUC